AUGGAAGGCUCCAAUGGCUUUGGGAUUGACUCCAUUCUCUCCCACCGAGCGGGCAGCCCCGCCCUUCCCAAGGGGGACCCCUUGCUUGGGGACUGCCGUUCACCCCUGGAGCUGAGUCCACGCUCAGAGAGCAGCAGCGACUGCUCUUCGCCAGCCUCACCUGGAAGAGACUGUCUGGAGACCAGUACCUCGCGGCCCGGUGCUGCAUCUGGCCCAGGUUUGGACUCUCACCUGCAGCCGGGGCAGCUUUCAGCCCCAGCCCAGUCGCGAACCGUCACCUCCUCCUUUCUGAUCAGGGACAUCCUUGCUGACUGCAAACCUCUCGCGGCCUGUGCACCCUACUCGAGCAGCGGGCAGCCUGCAGCCGCUGAGCCUGGGGGCCGCCUUGCGGCCAAGGCCGGGGAGGACUUUCGCGACAAGCUGGACAAAAGUGUCAGCAGCGCCUCGUCGGACUCUGAGUACAAAGUGAAGGAGGAGGGCGACCGCGAGAUCUCCAGCUCUAGGGACAGUCCCCCUGUGCGCCUGAAAAAGCCACGAAAAGCGCGCACCGCCUUCACCGACCAUCAGCUGGCGCAGCUGGAGCGAAGCUUCGAGCGGCAGAAAUACCUGAGUGUUCAAGACCGCAUGGAGCUGGCUGCCUCGCUCAACCUCACUGAUACACAGGUCAAGACCUGGUACCAGAACCGCAGGACUAAAUGGAAGCGACAAACGGCCGUGGGGCUGGAGCUGCUGGCGGAGGCAGGCAAUUACUCGGCGCUUCAGAGAAUGUUCCCGUCGCCUUAUUUCUACCCACAGAGCCUCGUUUCGAACCUGGACCCGGGUGCCGCGCUCUACCUGUACCGCGGCCCCAGCGCGCCUCCGCCUGCCCUCCAGAGACCUCUGGUGCCCCGUAUCCUCAUCCACGGACUCCAGGGCGCCAGCGAGCCGCCCCCGCCGCUGCCCCCGCUGCCCGGCGUCCUCCCGCGCGCCCUCAGGCUGGGCGCGGGUCCGUACCGUCGCCCCGGGGCAGGACAGCCCGGCUCCCCACGAGUCACUUUCACUUGCCAGAUGUACAAACGCGCCCCUGCCUACCUCCCACCCAACCCCAAGUCCCUGCGAGCUUCCCUAAGUACCCCCUGUCCUCUGUGCAGCAGACCGGGGCGCCGGCAGCUGGUGACCGGCCCUGCGGGCGCGGGGCAGACAGAUGGACUCCGAGGCUGCUCCUCGUUGCCCCACCCUCCUCGGCCCGGCGCCCUCCGCUCUGGCUACCCGCAGCUCCUAGUCUCUUAUGCCUGGUAG